AUGCCAUGCACCCGAACGCUCUACUCACAACAUCAGCCUCCUCAUCCUGACCGAGGGUCUAUUGGAGCCAUCGUAGUACGCAUUUCACGAGAGAUGACGAGAAGUGCUCAACCGCGUCAGCUUGGCCUGGAGCGCUUGAACAGUGCCGUGCCCAGGUGUGACAUCUGGGAAGCCUGGCGAGAGUUUUUCCUCAGGCCGAGCUUGGGAUAG